GACUCACAUCUCUUCGAAAAUGCCGUUCGCCGUAAAAGCUCUCGACCACAUCGUCUUGACUUGCAAAAAUGUAAACGCAACAGUCGCCUUCUACACAAAGCGAUUUGGAAUGCAACAUGAAGUCUUCCGUUCAUCGAAAGAUCCCCCAGGCAUCGAAAGACACGCCCUCCUCUUCGGCCAACAAAAACUAAACCUGCACCAAGCGGGCUCGGAAUUCGAACCAAAAGCUAGCCUCGCCAAACCCGGUACCGCGGACCUCUGUUUUCUAACAUCCACACCCAUCACAGAUGUCCUGGCGGAGUUGAAGAAGGAAGGAUUGGAAGUUUUGGAGGAUGGCAAGGUGGUUGAUAGGACGGGUGCUAGGGGGAAACUGAAGAGUGUUUAUACGAGGGAUCCGGAUGGGAAUUUGAUCGAGAUAUCUAAUUAUGUUGAUUGAAAGGUGGAGGGAGAGGGAAGGGGAGGGGUGGUAAUUUUAGGUGUGUUGAUUGAGGUGUGGUAUUUGCUUGGGAAGGGAAGUAUGUUGAGUUUGUCCUUUUCGGUCUUCUUCUGAUGCUGAUUUGAAAGGUGUGGAAGUGUGGAAGUGUGGAAGUGUGGAAGUGUGGAAGUAAAGCAGCGUGGAAAGACGCGUGAAAGCAAUGUAGGAAAGAGCAAUGGCGCCUGCGCCUGCAAGCUGCCUCCAUGCUGACCUCCGAAGUCUGUCUACUGUCCUCCGCUUGUGUAGGUGAUAUAGCAGCCUCUCGUCCCUUCCACUUGCUUCCCCUUGAAGCACUCAAUCGUCACGACCCAGGUAGUGCUU